CCUCCUGCUUAUCUCUGUAUGUCUAGUGCUAAGUAGUGCCUAUCAAUGCGUGAAAGUGAAAGAUUCCUGUCAAAAUUGUCUUAAGCUGUUUCUCAUUUUCUGAUGUUGCUAUUCCAUACAGUUAAAGCAAAAUAUAGAAUGGAAAUGUGGGGGAAAUUACCACUUACCAUUGUUUACUUUUUACAGAAUGAAGAGGAACCGUUUAUCUUUCAUGAAUAAAGUUCUCCGGUCCUCACCUGCAGUGAAACAGCCAAGACUUGGGUGCUGUUCUCCUCUCAGCCAGGCUCACAUGUGUGCUGCUCGUCUGGACUGGGGGAGUUUGCCCCACCACGUAGUGUUACGUGUUCUCCAGUAUCUUCCUUUAAUAGAUCGAGCCCGGGCAUCUUCUGUCUGUAGGAGAUGGAAUGAAGUUUUCCACAUACCUGACCUUUGGAGAAAGUUUGAGUUUGAGCUGAACCAGUCAGCUGCUUCAUAUUUUAACUCCACUCAUCCUGAUCUCAUUCAGCAGAUCAUUAAAAAGCAUGCUGCCCAUCUCCAGUAUGUCAGCUUUAAGGUUGAUAGUAGUACUGAGUCAGCAGAAGCUGCCUGUGGUAUACUUUCUCAGCUGGUAAAUUGUUCUAUCCAGACUUUGGGCUUGAUUUCAACAGCCAAGCCAAGUUUUAUGACUAUGUCAAAGUCUCAUUUUGUGUCAGCACUUACAGUUCUUUUUGUUAACUCAAAAUCAUUGUCGUCAAUCAAAAUUGAAGACACGCCAGUGGAUGAUCCUUCUUUGAGCAUUCUUGUGGCCAAUAAUAGUGAUACUCUAAGACGCCUAAAAAUGAGUAGCUGUCCUCAUGUUUCAUCUGAUGGAAUCCUUUGUGUAGCUGACCAUUGUCAAGGUCUGAGAGAACUGGCAUUGAAUUAUUACAUGCUAAGUGAUGAACUUCUCCUGGCGCUUUCAAAUGAGACUCAUGUUAACCUUGAGCAUCUUCGAAUAGAUGUUGUGAGUGAAAAUCCUGGACAAAUUGAAUUUCAUUCUAUUAAAAGACAAAGUUGGGAUGCACUUAUUAAACACUCCCCUGGAGUGAAUGUUGUUAUGUACUUUUUUUUAUAUGAAGAGGAAAUGGAGACGUUCUUCAAAGAAGAAACCCCCGUUACUCAUCUUUAUUUUGGUCGAUCAGUAAGCAAAGAGAUUCUAGGACGGCUAGGUCUUAACUGUCCCCGACUAGUAGAGUUGGUUGUAUGUGCUAAUGGUAUUCAGGUCAUUGAUAAUGAACUUAUUUGUAUUGCUGAACACUGUAAAAACUUAACAGCCUUGGGCCUCAGUGAAUGUGAGGUUAGCUGCACUGCAUUCAUUGAGUUUGUAAGACUGUGUGGGAGAAAGCUAACCCACCUCUCCAUCAUGGAGGACGUUUUGAUACCUGAUGAUGUUUGUAGCCUAGAUGAAAUUCACACUGAAGUCUCCAAAUACCUGGGAAGAAUAUGGUUUCCUGAUGUCAUGCCUCUCUGGUAAUUGACUACUGAACCAAAGAUUCUUAACUUUUUUUUUUAAUCUAUAAGAUUAGCUUCUUUCUGUCUAUGCACAUGUAAAUUUUAAGAUGCGUUGCUGAAAUGUGUUAGGUGAAAUCUUGUAUUUACAAACUGUCUUAAUGGAUUAUAACAGAAGCAUUUGAGAAACUAUGAGAGAUUUGAAAAGACAGAAAUCAUAAAUAGAGCACAGACACUGUAUGGUGGGUUAGAUAGUUGAUAGCUGCUGCUGCUGCUACGUUGCUUUAGUCGCGGCCGACUCUGUGCAACCC